GGAUGUGAUGUCCGUCAUGAUAAAAAAGGGUGGAGAGGAGAAUGGAGAUGAUGUGAGGGGACAUGGAAGGAAUCUGAGAGUGCAGUGGAGGUGAUCUGAGGGUGCAUGGGGAAAAACGGAGGUGAUUUGAAGGCAAGUGGGGCAGGAAAGAAGCUGAGCUAAGUGCAAUCUGAGGGCAAACAGAGCUAAUCUGAUGGCACCCAGAGAGGAAUGGAGCUACAUGAGAGCUGUUGGAGGGCAGCGUGUACCCUGGGGUCCUUGGUUCCCAUCUAUGUAUGUCCCAGGUCCCACAGUUUGGUCCCUUUUGCUGCUGGGGGCCAUCUCUCCCUAAUUUCCACUUGCCCUCUGGUCUGCUCCAGACUGCCCCAUUUGCCAUCCAGUGCCCCACAGCAUCCCUCUAUUUGGUGUCUUGUCUCCCCAGGAUUCCCUUUUGUCCCCUUGGGACCGCUCUCCUUCCUCUUGGGUGUGCUGUACAGCCUAUCGUUCAGCUUUUGGUGCUCCCCAGAGUCCUCACUCCUUCAGUGAAACCAGACCCCCCCCCGCUUACCUGUUGCUCCCAUCAGGAACCCCCAUUUUUCAUCCAGUAUGACCUAGAGCUUUCUGUUUUCCUCCCAGCGUGCUCCAGAGCCCCCUGCUCAACCACAGGUCUCAGGAUUGCUCUGUUUCAUCUUUUGGUGCAUCCCUCCUUUGGUCCCCUCAGUGCAGCCAGAAGCCUUUCACUCCUCACAGGACUUGCAUAAAAAAGAAGUAAGCUGCUUUCGACCCAGCAAAGAAUAGUUUGAUAGAAAGAGAGGCUACCAAAAAAGGAAAAAGAGCGUAUGUAUUGUUCUUGCAACUGUUUGAUCCGUGCUUCCCUCAACUACAAUCUACGUGUAGUGAAUAAAAGCCUUUUCUUAAAUAAAAAAAAGUUUUAAUUCUGCACUGGCUCUACUGAAAUUAUUCUUAGCUAGGCUGAAAAGUAUUUACAUUUUUUAGCUUUACUCCUCAUUUCUUUCCUUUUUGGCUACUGGGAAACAUAGAAGGUAUUUUAAUAGGGUCCUUCAGCUAAGUUAACUAAAAACGUAUUACCUAAAGUUAAUUACUAACUUAAUUAAAAACCUCAGUUCAAACAUGAAAUGUCAGGAUCAGAGAGACAUGAACAGUUUUGCUAUGGAAAUGGGGCAAUAUGAAUUUACAGAAAAACAAGGCAGAAGCAAAUUAAUAUGUGGCAAGUAUCACAAUUUGAAGGAAAGACAGAUGGUGCGAGCGAAUAUCCUUGUGAUUAACCUCAGAGACGUGCAGGAAGAGUGGACUGCUGUCGAUAGCACGUGAAAUAUUAAAGGUAAUGUGCAGAUCACACACCAAACCUCACAGUAACAAACUCUCCUGGAAACUCCUCCUUACACCUCCUGCUCUUAAAUAAUUUGCAGCAACACAGACAUCUCUGAUUUGAGUUGACAGUUUUGAGCAAGGACAUGUGAGUACUGCCUCUCCCAUGUGCCAAACAACUGACAUCUGCUAAUUUUACCCAGUGUCCCUUUUCUCCUCACCUUUUUCUGUUUGAAUUUCAAAGACUUCCUUAGUCAUUAGCCAGAGAAAUGAUGUAUUCAUUGACAGAUGUUGCUACACUGCUAAUGGGAAGUACCCAUUUCCAGUUCGUUACUGUUCAUUAACUGUAUCAUCGUAGCACUUCGAGCCUCAGGAAUGUAACGGGGAUAAAUAUAUUGGAUGAGGGAGAGAAGCAAAUUGUCACCUAGUCCCCCUUUAAUAACUUCAAUAGAUUUAAUGAAAUAAAGGGAAAACCUCAACAAACUCAUAGGAGUGGUGAUUAUAGCACCAGACCGAGAUUUUCCAAGUGAUUAAUUACUCUGCUGUUAUUUCACACCAACCCAUCUACCAGACAUGUACAAUUGACUUGUGGUUAUUUAAUCCCUUAGAGCAUCUCUAAAGGGUUUAGGGCUGGGCACAGCAGUGGUGGGGCUGAAGGGGCUUGGGGAAACAGGGCUGGCAGAGCACCCCCUGCUCCCCACGGCACAUGGCUCCAGCAACUCUGCCCUCCAGCACAAAGAGGCAAAAAAGGGACAAAAAAGGGGGAGUUAUGUGAAAACAGCCACUAGGGAUCACCACAAAACCUGUUGCUCCAAAACAGUUUGAUUUCUCAGAACAGCCAAACCUCAAAAUGUUUCACAGGCAGGGAAUUUUAUUAUUUUACUGAAAAAAAAUGAAGGCAAAACCAGCUCAGAAACUCCUGUUUGGAGCCCCCUGGGGCAGAUCACUCCCAUCUCUGCAGAGCUUGUAGCAUUGCACCCCGGGGAAAUACCAGCAGGGAAUUCUAACUAAGAUUUUGAUGAAGAAUUUGGGCUUGAAAACACUGGAAAGGCAGAAAGCAGAAGCUGUAAGGCAGUAAGAGCUGAAAGACUGCUAAAGCAGAAGAGAAGAUGUGAAAUAAAGAGAGAAUAAAGAUUCCCCAAAGUCAGAAUUACAUUCCGAGAAAAUAUUGUGUGUUUAAAGAAACAAUCCCCAUCUAGCACCAGUUAAAGACACUUUUAAAUGCACAUACAUAAGCCCUGGUGAAAGGUAAGGAGAAGUUUCACUAUUGGCAUUUGCUGAGUCAGACUUCAGUGUCUAAAAAGAGUCAAAAAAAGACACUUGUGAAAGGCACAGAGCACAAGUAAUCUGGCUGAACACAGGAAAAGGGGUGUUAGCCCUUUCUCCUGCAUCAAAAUCCUUCUGUUAAAACAUUGGUUAUGCAGAAAACUGAUUUUUCAGGGGAAAGCAUCUAUCAACCAGCAUGUUUGUUCUGGUACCUCCAGAGAGCAGAUAGAGGGGGGUGUUAACACGCAUUGCUGAUUACUGCCUGCUCUCCAUCUGCAAGCAUUUAUUCCAUUUAGAGGUUUGUAUUUUGCUGAUGUGCAUAUUAAUGUAAAACACAGGAGUCACAGAUGGUGACACUUUAUGCUCAGCGACAUGCAAGAAGGGGCAAAACUAUUCCCUGCAUAAGUUUAGGGAAGGAAGAAAUGAGUAUAUUUUGAAUGACAAGAUUAUAUAUAUCCAAGCCCUUGAGGACUUGUAACUUAACUCAUCUGGAAAAGCUGAUGCGCUCCCCUUGGAUGAGCUCUCUAAACACAGCCUGAAGCCACUCCGGGCAUAGGGACAGCCCCUGACAAGGCUUUGCAUCAGCAAGUUUGCAGCAGAUCAGCUGGAUAAAGGAUGCACAUAAGCUUUUUCCUCCAGUUUUCACGUUUAAUCUUGAUUUCCACAAGAUUUUAAUUUUAUUUCUAUGUCCUUUCCACAUAUUUGCAGUCAUUGUGUGUAUCUUUCUGGAUAUUGUAAACAAACACUUUUCCUUUAAUGCAGCUCCAGGUGAAGAGGAUUUGAAGGCAAUUAGGUAAUAAAAUGGCAGUCUUUUCCCAUGAGUGUGUUGAUGAAUUGUGGUCCAUAAAAUCAGCCUCAAAGCUUUCCCUAGGGAAGAGAAGCAAAGGGGGUUGUGGUGCUUUUCUGUGUGCAAAAGGAAUGGAAAGUUAAGUACUGGGGGAGGUGUGUCUUUUUUAUGAGUAGCAAUAACUAGCUGGGCUCUCUGAUAUGUAGUAGGGUGGGGGAUUUUCCACUAUUCCCAGAGCAUUUUUGAGGGGGAAGCCAGAAGGAAACUGCUGGGUCCCAAGAUUAGGUGAUCCUCACUAGGAGAAUGUACAAUUAUAUCUCAAAUACGCUGGCUCUAUCCAGACUAAAAGUGAAGGGAAGGAACUUUGCUCUUUCCAGCUUGUCCUCCCUAAAAACCGGAAAAACUGGGUAUUUUUAGUGAUGUUCAAAUGUGUUGCACAGCAUGUUGUCUGGCAGAGAUGCUUGCUUGAGUUGGAGAUGCCCCAGCACGUACUCAGGGGAUCAGAGCUAAAGAAAUCACGUAAGUGUUGCUAAUCAGAAAAGGGGAUGCAUUUGUCAUGCAGACUAAUGUGGCUGUCAAAUGUUAAUGAAUACAAAUAAAUUCUUUGUGGGUGUAACUUUUCAGAAGAUGUAUAUCAAGAGAUGAGACCGCACUGUGGCCUGGGGUGAUGUGGAUGGUUGUUACCUGGCAGCUGCUGCCACAAUCAGUGAUUCUAAGUUGAUUUCUUCAUAUUGAAAUAUAAAGUGAUCAUGGCGGAAUAGUGAUUUUUUCCUUUAGCUUGAGUAUUUCUCAGCUAUACUUAGAUUAGACUUGAAUUUCUUUAGGCUUGUAACUCUUUAAGGGUUUUGAUUUAGGUGCUUUAACCCUCUCAAAGAGGAAACUGUGGCAAUAGGAGCGUGGGCGCAGAGCCCCGCGCACACACUGCCUGGGGCUGGGCGAAGGCAAGUCCUGCUUUGCUCUGCCCUUUUUGAGACCUAACCACAGAAGAUGAGUUCAUCCAUGAAAUGCUGCUGUCACCAAACCAUCAACCUGAGUAAAGCAGUGCUCCCCCCCUCAUUUGCCCCUAAAGCACAAGCCUGGAGACGCUGGCUGGUGCAUGCGCAGGGCUGGAGGCUCAUCCUGACCAGAGGAGGAGGAGGGAGUCUUAUGGCAAUCCCAAAACUGACCUGGGAAAGACACAUCUAUGGGAUUUCUUAACAAGAGGCAUUACCUGAAAGCAUGUGAUGCCAAAUGCAUGGCACUUUGGCUGUGAAAACGGACUCUAUUAUUUUCCUGGUGUCUCUUGACUGAUGAUGUGCCAUUGCCCGUGGCAAUGGGCUGGUGAUGACAUCUGUGGUUUGUAAAGCCCUUUCAGUGGGUCCUUGCUUCCCCACCACCAUCAGAACAAAUAUCGUUAGAGCAAUUUCAGGAUGCUUCAAAGAGAGAAUACAACUCCCAUGCGCUUUUCCUGUUACGUGCUGGCAGACACAAACUGGAUGUAUUUCAUAUCUGUAGCUGCAAAAUGGCCAGAAAAAGAAGAAGUACUGAAAAAGGAAGAAGUUCUUCCCCAGCCAGUGUAAUACUGCAGUUCUUAUUUAUGGAGAAAAUGUGCUUAUCUACUCAAACUCUGGUUUUGGGGAGCAAAAAUAGAUCUUGAGUCCUGCCUGGUUUUGGACUGCUCCUCUCUGACCUGCAGGGACCAGGGCACUGGGUUGGUAACUCAUCCCUGGGCUGCAGUUGCCUUUUGGAGACCUUCAGCUUCCCCAUGUAGGGAAAAUCCAACAGACCCAUGGAGGUAUCAAGGGGUUGUUCUGCCCACCUCGCCCUGCUGUCCCCUGAGCUGCGAGUCUCCAUCCUGAGAGAGGAAAAUAGCCAGUGAUGGCUCCCAGCUCCUUCCCGUGACCUGCGGAGAUCCAUGACCAGCAGCUUCCAUCCUCAUGGUCAUGGCUUGGCCAUGUCCUUGGGCCAGGAGACACGGGCACUUCCCCACGGUCCCGGUUUCUUGUCCCAUCCUGCUCUUGCCCGGCAAGCAAGACAUGAGCCCUCUGCAGGGAUGCUGCACCCUCUGCUCCAUCCUGAUGCUCGUCGGGGGAAACCUGGGCGUCCUCGUCAAAAUCCAUCAGGAUUCGAUCAACGGCACCGAGGGACAGUCCGUGCUCCUGCCCGUCUCUUACAGAUUUGAUGGUGCCCCUGGUUUCCCAAUGAAGAUUGUCUGGUAUUCCAGUAACAUGUGGGACGAGCUCGUCACCUGCACGGUGCUGAACUGCUCCCUGGGUGCCGGGGGAGCUCCCAGCAGCUGCUCUGCACGAUCUUUCUACCUCACCAAGUACCGUGGCCGCACUAAGUUCUUCCCCGAGAACGGGUCCCUGCUGCUGUCAGACCUGCAGCUCAGCGACAGCGGAGUUUACAGUGUCGCCUUCAAUCUAUCACACCAAACCUUUCACAUCACCCUGACCGUGCACGAGCGGCGUUCCACCGCUGAGCAUCCAGGGGGAAACCUGGGCGUCCUCGUCAAAAUCCAUCAGGAUUCGAUCAACGGCACCGAGGGACAGUCCGUGCUCCUGCCCGUCUCUUACAGAUUUGAUGGUGCCCCUGGUUUCCCAAUGAAGAUUGUCUGGUAUUCCAGUAACAUGUGGGACGAGCUCGUCACCUGCACGGUGCUGAACUGCUCCCUGGGUGCCGGGGGAGCUCCCAGCAGCUGCUCUGCACGAUCUUUCUACCUCACCAAGUACCGUGGCCGCACUAAGUUCUUCCCCGAGAACGGGUCCCUGCUGCUGUCAGACCUGCAGCUCAGCGACAGCGGAGUUUACAGUGUCGCCUUCAAACCAUCACACCAAACCUGGUACAUCACCCUGACCGUGCACGAGCAGCCUCCCACUCCCACACCAGACCCCAAGAAGCAGGAGCCCACCCUGCUUAUCGGAAUUUGUUCUUCAGUCUCCCUCCUUCUGCUGUUCCUGCUCUUCUGCUGCAUACGGCACUGGGGUGCAGCUCGGCAGCAGAAGAGGAGAAUCAUUAAACAACAGCAGGUCUCAAGUGUGGAGGAGUCCCACAUGGAAAGCACUGUGUUGACGGACAUGGCAACCAUUUACGCCAGAAUUGGAGACAGUUUUGAACAGUCACGGCAGAGACCGACACCAGAGGUCAUGUACACAUCCUUAACUCCUCCUGCUCCACCACGACAGGACACUGGACUCUACCAUCUCCUGGUUUGACUGUGGGAGCUGCCUCAAGCGGGAGCUUUGCAGAAAGCAGUUGUGCCUCAAAGCAAAGAGGAUGUUUGUGUCGCUGAUGCUGCACCCUCGGUACUCCCCCUCCAGCAGCUCUGCACACUGACCCUAGCCUGUAAAGGAUUUGGAGUGAGAGGGUACAGAAAUGCAUUAGUUUGCCUUGAACUGCAGUCUCUCUUGAAUUUGAGGGAUGAGCUGGUUUUUGUACUCUCAGGAAGUCUCAAGGAGAAACUAAGACACCCAGUGUAAGAGAAAGAUGCUUAAGGCAAUGGCAAAUCAACAGCUUGUCUGUGGGAAGCUUGCUUCCAUAGACUCACCUUAAUUUGAGAGGUAGUGGAGAGCAUUAAACAUUUUAAUCGUGUGUCCCAGGUUCACUACCAAUGAUCUUGUCAUAUUAAAAGAAUAUAUGAAGAUCCUUUGACCUGAAAA